AGGGCCCCGACUCAGCAGCGAAGCUCCUCCCUGGUCCAAGGAGGCUGGAGACACCACCUCUCAGGCUUCUCCUCCAUAGCACGGGGCUAUUCCUCCCUGAGGUCCAGGAGAAGAGCAAGCUCUGCCAGCCCAGGAAGCGGUGAGAACUACAUUACCCAGAGGCCCGUGCGCCAGGCACUUGGCGUGGAGCCAAUGCGUCCCAGGGGAGGGACUUUUCCGCUCUGCCCAACUUGUCUGGGCGGGACUUCCGGCGUCCUCCCAGUGGCGGGCACUUUGGCUUGUGUCAGUUCCAUCCGCGGGUGCCGGAUCUGGACCCAGGUGCUGACAGCGAGAAGGCGCGAGGAGAGUGGUUUUCCCAGCUGCACAGCCGGGGCCUGACGGUCGCCGGCGGUGGUGAUUGCUUUGCUCGUGUCCCCGCCCGGAUCGUCCACCGCUCCCGGCCCGCUGCGCCCAGAGUCCGAUGGCGGCGGCAAUGAGGGCCCCGACCCUGCAGGGUUUUGUAGCCUUUGAGGAUGUGGCCAUUCACUUCUCCCAGGAGGAGUGGGAGCUCCUUGAUGAGAUGCAGAGGCUCCUGUACCACGAUGUGAUGCUGGAGAACUUUGCAGUUAUGGCAUCCCUAGGUUGUUGGUGUGGAGCAGAAGAUGAGGGGGCACCUUCUGCAGAGAGCAUUUCUGUGGCAGAACUGUCACAGGGCAGGACUCCAAAGGCAGAUACAUCCACUGAUAAGAGUCACCCCUGUGAGAUUUGUACCCCAGUCCUGAGAGACAUUUUACAAAUGAUUGAGCUCAAAGCCUCACCCUGUGGACAGAAAUUGUACUUGGGUGGGGCAUCAGAUUUCUGGAUGAAUUCAAACCUUCACCAGCUCCAGAAGCUUGAUAAUGGAGAGAAGCUCUUUGAAAUGGAUGGGGACCAGGCCUCAUUUAUGAUGAACUACAGGUUCCAUGUGUCAGGAAAACCCUUCAUGUUUGGGGAAGUUGGGAGGGACUUUUCAGCCACCUCAGGACUUUUCCAGCUUCAGGUGACUCCCAGCAGUGAGAGACCACACAGCAGGAUUCGACACUUCAGAGUUCCCACUGGACAAAAGCCUCUCAAAUACACUGAAUCCAGGAAAUCUUUUAGAGAGAACUCUGUAUUCAUUCAACACCAAAGAGCUGACUCUGGAGAAAGGCCUUACGAGUGCAGUGAAUGUGGGAAAUCCUUCAGUCAAAGUUCUGGCUUUCUUCGACACAGGAAAGCACACAAUAGAACAAGCACUCAUGAAUGUAGUGAAUGUGGGAAGUCAUUUAGUCGCAAAAGUCACCUAACUCAACACCAAAGAGUUCACACUGGAGAAAGGCCUUAUGACUGCAGUGAAUGUGGCAAAUCCUUUCGCCAGAUAUCUGUCCUCAUUCAACAUCAACGAGUUCACACUGGAGAAAGGCCUUAUGAAUGCAGUGAGUGUGGGAAAUCUUUUAGCCACAGCACUAACCUCUAUCGUCACAGGAGUGCCCACACUAGCACAAGGCCUUAUGAGUGCAGUGAAUGUGGAAAAUCCUUUAGCCAUAGCACUAACCUCUUUCGACACCGGAGAGUUCACACUGGAGCAAGGCCUUAUGAGUGUAGUGAAUGUGGGAAAUCAUUUAGUUGCAAUAUCUACCUCAUUCACCACCAAAGAUUUCACACUGGAGAAAGGCCUUAUGUGUGCAGUGAAUGUGGGAAAUCAUUUGGCCAGAAAUCUGUCCUCGUUCAACACCAAAGAGUUCACACUGGAGAAAGGCCUUAUGAGUGCAGUGAAUGUGGGAAAGAUUUUAGCCAAAGCUCUGGCCUCUUUCGACACAGAAGAGCUCACACUAAAACAAAGCCUUAUGAGUGCAGUGAAUGUGAAAAAUCAUUUAGUUGCAAAACUGACCUCAUUCGGCACCAGACAGUUCACACUGGAGAAAGGCCUUAUGAGUGCAGUGUAUGUGGGAAAUCUUUUAUCCGAAAAACCCACCUCAUUCGACACCAGACCGUUCACACUAAUGAAAGGCCUUAUGAGUGCAAUGAAUGUGGGAAAUCCUAUAGCCAAAGCUCUGCCCUCCUUCAGCAUAGGAGAGUUCACACUGGAGAAAGGCCUUAUGAGUGCAGCGAAUGUGGGAAAUCUUUUACCCGCAAAAAUCACCUCAUUCAACACAAGAGAGUUCACACUGGAGAAAGGCCUUAUGAAUGCAGUGAAUGUGGGAAAUCCUUUAGCCAAAGCUCUGGCCUCUUAAGACACAGAAGAGUUCAUGUGCAGUGAAUGUGGGAAAUUAUUUUGUCACUUUUUUUUUUUGAGAUGGAAUUUCGCUCUUAUCACCCUGGCUGGAGUACAAUGGUGCAAUCUGGGCUCACUGCAACCCCCGCCUCCUGGAAUCAGGUGAUUCUCCUGCCACAGCCUCCUGAGUACCUGAGAUUACAGGCACCUGCCGCCAUGCCCAGCUAAUUUUUGUAUUUUUCGUAGAAACAAGGUUUCACCAUGUUGGUCGGGCUGGUCUUGAACUCCUGACCUCAGGUGAUCCACAUGCUUCGGCCUCCCAAAGUGCUGGGAUUACAGGCGUAAGCCACCAUGCCCAGCUUGUGUUGUCACAUUUAACACAAGAUUUCCCAAAGAAGAAAGGCCUUAUAUAUGCUGUGAAUUUGUGAGUUUUUUGUUUGUUUGUUUGUUUGUUUUAAUUUGGUAUGAUGGCGCUGGAGGCUAGCCUUUGAGAAGAGCCUUCUCCUGAUGUGACUCAUGUAUCCAAACAUCUAUGGAUUCCCCAUAAAUCUGAGGUAUGUGGGAAGCAUGUGUAGCUAUGUUGUACUCUCUAAACCUGCCCAGGGACCUUACCAGAUUCAUAUCACUGCCAGUUUCUGUGGCUGAAGCCUUUUCAUCUCUACCCCCUGGGAGACCCACAGAGUGUGCAUCAGUCACCACCCCAGCAUGCUCAGGGAGGCAGACUUCUUCCAUUAGUUGGAGGAAAGUAUGAGUAGUCUAAGCUCUUAGGGGGAUUUCUCAUUUCCUCCUCUGGCUACAUAGUGCAUGUAACUACCCCAUUGUUGGCCCCAGGACCUGACCUGAAUUCUGCUGGCAGCUUCCAGAGGAUUGCCUUUUUUGAGGACAUUGUUGAUCUCAGGCAAUGCUUGUGAUGAAGCGUUUUUUAGCUUCCACCACGUACCAGGAACUGCCUGUUAACUGGCUUGUGCAAUGAUAAAGGCCUUUUGUUUAAGUAC